AUGGCGCGGGGGAGGCGCCUCGACCCCCGCCCCGCAGCGCUGCGCGCCCCGCGGGGUAUCGAGCCGGAGGGGGCAGCGGGCCCGGGGGGGUCACCCAGCGGCAGCGCCGCCGGGGUGGGGGCCACACGCCCACCUGGGCUGGACAGGCGGGUCCGCGUUCUCUCAACCGGCCGGCCCCGCUGCGUCCGGGGACACCCACCCUCCCACGGCCGCGCCCGGCGGUGGGCACCGGGCAGGGGGUACCGGGCGGAGGGUAACGGGGCGGGGGGCAGCGGGGCGUCGGGGACCGGGACUGAGGACUCUAGGGCUGGGGACAUCGAGACUGCGGGCAACGGGGCUGCGUGCGCCGCGCUCGCCGUGCGCUGCCCGUCCGGCUCUGCCCGCUGUCGGGCGCCCGGCGCUGCCCGGGCGUGGAGCGAGCGCCCGCCCCCGCUGCCGCCUCCUCCUCCAUCCUUCUCCUCCCCCCGGUGCGGAGCGAGCGUCGCUCCCCGGUGCGGGAGCCGGUGCCCCGGCGCGGGGUCGGGCGGGCGUGUGUGUGUGCGGGGCGUGUGUGCGUUGGGCUCCCCCCGUGCCGAGCCACUCCGCUCCGUGCCGCGCCGAACCCCGGGCGCGGCGGCCUCCCGACCCCCGCCCCUCCCGGGGCCGCGCCGGGCGCGGAGCCCCCUCCCUCCCUCCCCGCGCUCCCUCCCUCGUUCCCUCCCCGCGCCCGCCCGUUCCCUCUCCGGACCGGCCCCCCCGCGCGGGCCGGGGCGCGCGGCACGCCGGGACCCGCAGUCCGCGGGGCGGCUCGGCGGCUCCCGGCCCCGGCGGACGGACUACGGCUCCCGGCAGCCCGCGCGGCCGCGGCUCGCUCUCGCCCUCACACUCCGGCUGCCGCUGCCAGUGUCUCCUCCGCCGCCGCCGCUGCCGCCGAACCGCCGCUCGCAGCGCCCGGGGUCCGACCCGCCGCCUGGGGCAGGGGCCCGCCCCGGCCCGCCGCCCCCCGCCGCCCGCCCGCCUCGGGAAGCAGCGGAGGGGAGCGGGUGGCCCGACCCCCCCUCCGGCCGUCCGGACGGGAUCUCCAUGGAAACGGUCCCGGGACACCCCCGGGGGCGGCGGUGGGGCGGCGCGGGGGGGGGUGUGCGGGCUGGGGGGACCGGCGACGUCCUGCGGCGGGACAGCGGCGGGGGCGCGGCGGGCACUGACAGCGCCGGGCGGGGGGCAGCGGGCGGCGCCGGCGGCUCCGCUCCCCGCCCCGCGACGGCGCGGCGGAGCCGCUGCCCUGCCCGGCACGGCUGCUCCGGCUCCGGCACCGGCGGCACCUGCCGCUGCCGGGGCGGUGCGGGGGGUCCCGCGGCGGGGCGGGGCGGCCGCGCAGCGCGGCGCUCCCGGGGCGGCGGUGGGACGGCGGCGCCGGGCGCUCGUGGAGUUUGGCGGCGUGGCCCGAGCCCGCCCCGGCCGCCGCUGUGCCCGGGGCCGGUUCGGCUGCGGGUGCCGGCCGGCCGGGUGCCGGGCGGUGGCGGAAGAGCCCUCCCCGGGGGCAGCGCGGCCGCCGCCACCUCCAUGUCCGGGGCUGCCCCGGUGCGGCAGCGCGGGGGCCCGGCCGCGCCUGCCGGGGCUGCGGGACGCUCCGCCGGGGAGCGGCCCCGGGGGCAACUGUUGAGCCGGGGGCUGCGGGAGCGGGCGCGGGGCAGCACGGCGGGGCCUAGCCCCCGGCAAGGCUGCGGCGUGCGGGGCGAAGCCCCCGGAGCGGCCGCGAGGCCGCCGUGUCCCGGGCAGGGGGGGCUGCCCGCCCCGCGGGGCCCCGGCGGCGGCGCGGGGCCGUGGGCCGUGCCGUGGCCUCGCGGGGCUCGGAGCGGGACGUGCCGCGCCUCGGGCGGGGGGCUCGCCGGGGAACCCGCGCGGACCCGGACCCGGGGCGGGCUGCGGCCGGGGCCGGGGCGGUGCCGCUCCGUGCCGACGCCCCCCGACGCCCGGGGCGGGGCGGCGGGGGCGGCCGGUCCCCCGCCCGUGCCCACGGUGAUGGCCGGGCAGCGGCAGGACCGGGCGAGGGAGGCGGCGCUUCCUGCCGCCCUCACCGGGGAGGAAACCAGCCCUCCCGCGGUAGCGUGCCGGUACCGGGAGGGAUCCUGCCUCCUCGGCGAGCGACAUCGGUCCCCUCAUCCCAGUCUGGGUGAGGCCGGUUCAGAGCAGCGCCGGGAGAAGGUCCAUCAGGCUGAAAUAGAGACGAAGUGA